AUGGAUGAAUCAAAGGCAGUCGGCACUCACGUGGAGCGCAAUCGUCCUGUUGCUCCAACUGACCCUUCCGCUAACCCAUCCCUCGCCAGAAACGAACCCGGACACGAUGGUGAGAAGGGCUACCACGCUGAGCAUGUCAAUCUGAAUUCCAACCUGAGCGCAAAAAUCCAGAAUCCUCUUGCGGGAAUACCCCACGAUGUCCUUCUCCGCAAUGUCGAGGACUUCGCACGUGAGAAGAACCUCACGGAACACAUCCCUCUCCUCCAGAAAGGUGCCCUUGUCGCCCAGGACCCCACCAACUACGAAGACAUCACGGGCGAACAUGCCUUGGACGAGAAGGAGAUUGAAGAUCUCCGCAGCGAGGUCCUGCACAAAUGGCGUCAGCCGUUGACCUUGUAUAUUACAAUCUUCACUUGCUCGAUCGGUGCUGCGGUCCAAGGUUGGGAUCAGACUGGUUCCAACGGAGCCAAUCUAUCCUUCCCCAAAGUUUUCGGCAUUGGCUCAGACAGCAAUCAUGAUACUCUUCUCGUUGGUCUUGUCAACUCUGCUCCUUAUAUCGGCUCCGCCUUUUUUGGUUGCUGGGUGUCUGAUCCCUUGAACUUCUACCUGGGUCGCCGUGGUACAAUCUUUAUUGCUGCAAUCUUCUGUUUCCUUCCGGUCAUUGGCUCCGCGUUCACACAGACCUGGGUCCAACUCUUCAUCUGCCGUCUCUUGCUCGGAUUCGGAAUGGGCGCCAAGGGGUCUACGAUCCCAAUCUACGCUGCCGAAAACGCCCCUGCUGCUAUUCGCGGUGCUUUGGUCAUGUCCUGGCAGUUAUGGACCGCCUUCGGUAUUUUCCUGGGAACGUGUGCUAACCUCGCCAUGGUCCAUACCGGAAAGAAUGCCUGGAGGUUGCAGCUGGGAUCGGCUCUGAUCCCCGCUGUGCCUCUAAUUCUCUUUGUAUUCCUUUGCCCUGAAUCGCCACGUUGGUACAUGAAGAAGAACAGAUACACCAAGGCAUAUAAAUCACUGUUACGACUCCGCAACAACCCACUCCAGGCCGCCCGUGACCUCUACUACAUCCACACUCAGCUCGAAAUCGAGAAGGAGAUCAUCGGCAAAAGCAACUACGUAACCCGCUUCAUCCAACUCUUCACUAUCCCUCGUGUUCGCCGUGCAACCCUCGCCUCGUUCACGGUCAUGAUAGCCCAACAGAUGUGCGGCAUCAACAUCAUCGCUUUCUACUCCUCCACGAUCUUCACGAAGUCUGGCUUUAGCGAUUUCCAGGCUCUAUUCGCCUCUUUCGGCUUCGGACUCAUCAACUUCCUCUUUGCUUUCCCCGCAAUUUGGACUAUCGACACGUUUGGGCGCCGAGCACUGCUCCUCUUUACGUUCCCAAAUAUGGCGUGGACCCUCUUGGCUGCUGGUCUUUGUGCGAUAAUUUCGAUAAACUCAAGAGCCCAUUUAGGAUUGGUGGCCUUAUUCAUCUACAUCUUCGCAAUGUUUUACUCCCCUGGCGAAGGUCCUGUGCCAUUCGCAUACUCCGCUGAAGUUUUCCCACUUUCCCACCGUGAAGUUGGGAUGGGCUGGGCUGUCGCGACUUGUUUGUUCUGGGCAUGUGUUCUCACGAUGUUCUUGCCGCUCAUGCUUGAAGCUAUGGGUACCACCGGCGUCUUUUGCUUCUAUGCAGGCACAAAUAUUGUAGCAUUAAUCAUGAUCUUCCUCUUCGUUCCCGAGACCAAGCAACGCACCCUUGAAGAACUAGACUACAUCUUCGCAGUCCCCACACGCACACACAUGCGCUACCAAGUCACCAAAGCCCUCCCAUAUUUCAUCAACCGCUGGAUCCUACGCCACAAGGACGCCGUCCUCGAACCCCUUUACCACUUCGAAGCACAGGAGAGCGAGCAAUCGCGAAUCGACGAAUUAUACGAGAACGAUCGUCGCCGUGCGGAACUGCGCAAAGCCAACGGAAGCUCCGACGAGAAUAUCGAGACGGUGCCAAAAGCUGAGAUAGAGGCGGCGGAGAUUGAUAGCAAGGUUAUCAGAUAA